ACGCAACAUCUUGGGCUGCAAGAUCAUCACCGCCCAGCGUCAACGACUCGUCUGCCGGCUUUUCUCCACAUCAGCCUCCUGAACAUCUCCCCUUUCAUCAACUGUAGUCCGACUUGUCCUUCCCAGCCCCGCUCCGAUUUGCUUUGACCGACGACGGGAAUCGAUGUUGUGUUCCUCUUCAGGGACUGCAUUCCAGGUACAGGGACCAGCAAAACCCCCCAUGAUGUUGGCGACUACAUCCCUGACGCAGCCCCUGAACGACAAUCGAGCUUGUCCUUGACGCCGUCUUGGAUCGACUCGUCGAGAAGAGUUUGACACGCCGCCAGCCAGUCCAUCAAAAUGUCAGUCGCAACGGGAGUGGGAACCGCCGUUGACACGCCACGCCACGCCUACCUAUUCUUAACUUCGUUCUAAGUCCCCUUCGAGAAAGGCCGACUUCAGAUGAGAGCUGGAGCCCCAAUCAUGCCCUUUCACCACCGAGAGCUUCCUGGGAUCGACACAUUCUCAACCUCAUCAGCGUCGAGGCGGCACAACUGCACUGGGAUUGCCCCCAGAGUUGCUCCGGUUUCAUACCCACCCUCCGUGCUUGAGACCUGCCUUAACGCUACUCUGUUAAGCCUUCCAUCCCUCCCCGGAACCCCCUGAGGACUUCCAUGGUUGACUUCUUCGUCCUCCUCCCGGCGAUGACGACUUGCUGAUGCGGCCUGUCUCGAGAAAUCGCGCCGCCCAGGCGGUGCAGCUGAGACCUCUGGAUUCCGCCAGAUGCCAGCUACAUGAUGCCAGCAAACGGUAUAGAUUAGACGGAACAGAGUUAAACAAGACAGUGUAUCCCAGCGCUCCCGGCGCCAAUCACAUCAUCCUUACAAGCCGGAUUGUCCAACUUCAGAGCCACCACAAUUCGCCCGAAAUUGAACAACAUUUGUCGACCAGAAGAGCCAACGACGAAGAUGCCGUCAUAGGGUUCUCGCAAGCUCUGACAGGAUUAUUCGGGUGGACGACAAGCCCCAUGCUUGCUCACCUGUCACCGUCGUCCGUCAUCUCGGAGGGCUGACGGCGACAAACUCUCGUCAACGUCGCAUUCACAGGCAUUACAACCUUGCUCUGGCUUACCCAAGCUGCCAACCAUUACAGAUACAGGCUGAACCAUGGUGGUACUCUGCUAUGGAGUACUUCUUGACUGUAGUAAACGGACAAUUCAUCAGGUCAACAAUCUUCCGACACUACGAGUGGUUUUUACUUGGCAUACUCGUGUUCCAUCUGCCCGUACCCCCUCCUUCGAGGUGACAGUGUUGAUUUCAUCAAAAGGAAUAGGCACGUACCUCGAAGCUUUCCUCGCAAAUCUAAUCUCGUUGCGUAGUGUACGGCUACACUGCACACAUCCCCCGCGCGCCCCAGUCUCUGUCUUUCCCCGACCGCCCUGCUCCUUGUCGAUGCUUGGGUAAAUACAUGACUGGCUAUGCAAUCUGCGCGCUGUCGGCGAGAAAUGCUCAUCAAUCAAGGAUGUAACGGUCUGCGUGGUCACAAAUGGAUCGAGCGAUGUACGUCUACUGCGUACAUGCAAGCCCGUUCUUCUCCACGAACCCCCGCCGGAUGAUCUCCAUCGCCUCUCCCCUUCCUGACACCUCGCAAAGGGACAAUCACCAAACCCUUGUCAUGCUUAUCCGCGAUACCUAGGUCCUAGCAGCCAUGGCUGGCCAGCCUUUUUUUUCUUUCUACGCCAUGGUGGACCCUUUGCCAUUACUGAUGAACCCUGUUCCUCAGUAGCGACGCAGCGCAACGAAGCAUCCGCGCAGCCGAUGAAGGAUUUCGAGCUGUGUUGGCCUGUCAGUGGACAAGCCUUAAACGGACGAUGGUUAUGAACGUGCCGACGAAAACCAGGUUGGCGCAUUCUUCCGAGAGACUACUACGGCACGCGAGGAACCAAGCGUGGUGUGUUGAUAUGUGUAACACGGACCGAUAUGCUUAGAUUUCGGAACAAGAUACCACGGAGUGCGCACGCGGCUGCUUCAUGGUCGCCAAAAGGGGUCGGCGUGUGCCACGUACGCCUUCGCGAACUUACGCUUCGGGUCACAUCGCGACUUUAGACGGACUUGAGCCGAGCGUACCGUAGAAGGAGAAAAACUGCUCAGGCGUAACGUAACACGUACAUCUCACGGAACGAUGCAGCUGUCAAACACGAGGAUGAAGCAGGUUGUUUGGCUCGGGGGAAACGUGUUUGGGGUCGAUCAACCAAGUAUACGCUUCGCAACAGACACAUCGAGUUGAGGCAGGGAGAAUCUUUGCACGUUCACAGUAGUCAGUGAGAGCAGACGAAUAGGAAGCACACAGGGC